ACAUCUCAUGGCGACUCUGCAAGAAAUAGCAGGCUCCAUAGCGAAGUCGAAAAGGCUAUCGCAUCGUUUUUCGAAAUUUUACUGCAGAGCAAAACAGUCUUCACCGCUACUAACGAUAAGAGGCUGUCACGGCUCUAUUCAAAACUGCUGGUCAUUAAAUUUGUGGUCGCCUAUAUUGUAAUAUGGGAUAUUUUAUUAAUGCAACUAACACUACCACCGUAUACGAUAUUCAUUUCAUUAAUCGGGUUCGCCACUUGUGUCUGCACUGUGAUCGGCAUCAUUAUCAGAAAUCCCAGGUUGUUGAUGCCUUUGUAUAUUUAUGUUGUGGCUUCGAUAUUCUUUUUGUUUUUUCUUGGUGGAUAUUAUUUCUAUGUGAAUAUUUUUCAUAAAGAGAAAGUUAUUGCUGCAUUUGGCGAAAAAUUUGACGAUUACUCGUGGAUUGCUCACUUAUUGGAUGUGUUGCUGCUUCUCAUUCAUUACUGGGAACUUGGUGUAAUCUCAAAGUGUCGACGAUACUACAAAUAUAUUCUACUUGAAGAUAAACAACCAUUGGAGCUUCACGUACGGAGUGAAACAAAUGAAGAGAUCACGUGA